GGGGGCUACUGGGAGCAUUGGGGAGUGUCACUGGGAGCGCUGGCGGUGUUACUGCGGGAGCAGAUGGGACAGGACCUGCUGGCAGAGCGACGGGACAGAUCCAGCCCGUGCCACUCUCCAGCCGUGUUUCUCAUGGAUUUUAUAAUUCUGGGCUGCAUUUCCCGCUGUCCUGGGGCACUGCUCCUCUGCAUCCUGCUGGGGACCUGCCACAGGUGCCACAAGCGUGGAUAUCCUGGAACUCCAGGAGUCCUGCGAGCCUGUGGGAAGAGUGGGACGUCAGGGAGCCGGUCACGAGCCACCCAGCCUGGCUCCACAGGAGGAUUGGCACAUCCCUGCCUGCUUCACACAUCGGGGCUUUUUGGGGCUUCUCCUUUCCCUGGAGCGCCCCACAUCAGCACUUUUCCAGCCCCGGUUCAGCUCAGGGAUGUUGCAACACAGAAUUGUGCAAAGCUGGCAGUGGCUCUGAUUCCUCUUUUUCGGCUCUCACGGGAGCUCGUCCACGUGGGACGGGGUCAAUGUCCCCACCUGAUGUCCCCAUGUGUCCCCAGUGAGCUCCCUGCUAGCAUCACCCCCUGUCCCCUGAUCACAGCUGGGUGGUGGUUUUCCAGCUCUGAGGAAACGGAGAUUUGUCCCUUGAAGGCGAGAGCUGGAAAACUCAUGGAUCUUGGUGACGGAGAGCAGAUGGGGGCUCUGCUGGCAGGUGAAGCUCUGUCACAGCAUGGUGAAGCUUUUGCCCCAGGUAUUGUCCAUCUCCCUCUGGAUGGGCUGUCCCGGCUCAGGGCAGGGAUUUUUGUGUCCAUCCAGGCUCAGGGCAGGGAUUUGUGUCCAUCCAGGCUCAGCUCAUGCCGGAUCACUGGCUGCAUCGUGGAUGCCACCAGCAAUUUCCAGGUCCUGGCAGGUACAGGGUGGAGGUCAGGAUGGCCUUUGGCUGGUGAUCUCCUCUUUGGAGUCCCAGUGCAAACCAGGACAGGCCGAUUUCUUCACUGGGAACGCGCUGCUGGAUGAAAGCUGGGAAUGGGCAGGACCUGGCACCUUCCUGCACCCCAGGAAUGGCUUUGGGUUUCCCCUCUCCUGCGUGUGCAAGGCCAGGAGCAUCCCAGGAGCGAGGCAUGGAUUUGGGGGGUCCUGGAGAACAGGGAUGAGGGGUAGCCAGGGUGGAAGAGCCCGAGAGGACCCUUUGGCUGUGCUCACAGCGAGGGAUCCCCAAAUGCUUCCCAAGGGCUCCCAGGAGAUUCCCAAGCCACUGUGGGCAGCACAGGAGCUGUGGUGGAUGGGGCAUGUCACUCCUGCCACAUCGCCUUCUGUGUCCAGCUGAACUCUCCGCAAGUUCCACAUUCUCCCCCUUCCCCCUGAGCUCUGCUGACUCCAGCAGCUGGUUUCUUCCACGGGCUGCGUUUAUUUUCCUCAUCCUCCCAUCCCAUGCGCGUCUGCUCGGGAUGAGAAAAGCCGGCAGUAUCCGUGUCAGCUCCAGCUGGAUGCCAAAGCCACAAGCCCAGGGCCAUUCCCAUGCCAGCCCUAACGGGGCUGUAGAACAAGCAGAGAUGUCUGAUCCAGCCUCUAAAUGCUGAAAAUUCCGUGGGGAUUUAUCCAGCUCAGCUCGUGCCUUAGGCCGGUGUGGAGGGAGCUGCUGUUGUGCCCUGGGACACUGAACUGUCACCUGUCCCCCAUCUCAACGGAGAGGAGAGAGGGAAGAAUCACCGGCUGCAGAUCCCAGCCGCCGGGAUCAUAGGGAUCGGGUUCAUACGGAUAAUGGCGCUUCCCAACCUGUCCGAUUACUUGGAUGGCCUCAACAACUACAGCGACUACCCGGACUACACCUACGAGGACAGCAGCGGCGUGUGGGCUGACCCGUCCCACAACCCCAAGGACAUCACCCGGAUCCUGUCCGUCAUCAUCUACAGCGUGUCCUGCGUGCUGGGCAUCCUGGGCAACGGCCUCGUCAUCGCUAUCAUCACCCUCAAGAUGAAGAAGUCGGUCAACGCCAUCUGGUUCCUCAACCUGGCUGUGGCCGACUUCCUCUUCAACAUCUUCCUGCCCAUCAACAUCGCCUACACGGCCAUGAGCUACCACUGGAUCUUCGGCACGGUCAUGUGCAAGCUGAACUCCUUCCUCCUCAUCCUCAACAUGUACACCAGUGUCCUGCUGCUCACCACCAUCAGCUUCGACCGCUACGUGUCCGUGGUGUUCCCGGUGUGGUCUCAGAACCACCGCUCCACCAACCUGGCCUACGGGGUUUGUGUGAUCAUCUGGACCGUGGGCAUCGUCAUGAGCUGCCCCUCGCUCGUCUUCCGGGACACGGCGCAGACCCGCAAUUCCGUGAUUUGUUUCAGCAACUUUUCCCUCUCCAGGAAUAAAUCCUAUGAAGGGCUGGCUCUGAUGAGGCACCGCACGGUGAACAUCACCAGGUUCCUGGCUGGGUACAUCCUACCCAUCACCAUCAUCACCUUCUGCUACGCCGCCAUCGUCUUCAACCUGCGCCGGAACCGCCUGGCCAAGUCCAAGAAGCCUUUCAAGAUCAUCAUCACCAUCAUCGUCACCUUCUUCCUCUGCUGGAGCCCCUACCACCUGUUGAACCUGCUGGAGACGGUGCCCGACACGGUGCCCUGGUCCGUGUUUGAGAUCUUCAUCCCACUCACCACGGCACUGGCGGCCUCCAACAGCUGCAUGAACCCCGUCCUCUACGUCUUCAUGGGCCAGGACUUCAAGAAGUUCAAGGUGACCCUCCUUUCCAGGCUGGUGAACGCCCUCAGCGAGGAGACAGGACACUCCAGCAUCGUGCACAGGAGCUUCUCCAAGAUCUCCUCCAUGACUGAGAAGGAGACAACAGUUGUCUAAACUCAGCCUGCAGGAGGGAUGGAGUGUCCUGGUGUUGGCCAUGGCCACCACUGUGACAGUGACCACCACUGUGGCGGCCCUGGUGUGGGUCAAGCAUUGUCCACCACUGUCCUAGAGCCCAUUUUUGACUGGUGUUGCUGCCUGGGGGCUGGCAGGGGACGGAGACCCCCAAGGUAUGGACAAGACACAACCACCCUUGAUCUUGUGUGGGAUUGCAAAAAUCCUUGCACUGAGCUAAGACAACAUUUUGGGGCGUUCCUGUCCAAUCUUUGCAUCGCCUGACUCAGGAAGGGUUUUCCUGGUGUUUCCAGAGGCACCAUGGUGGGGUGGAGGAUGUCUGGGAAGGUGUCUCCCCAUGCCAUGGGUGUUCCCUGCCAUGGCCAAAUUGGUGGCACUCCUCUGUCCCGUGUCUGUGUGUGGCUCCUCAUGGUCAAGUCCUGAGGUAUUUUGGUACCAGAGCAAGGUGUUUGUGACUUUUUUGGGAAGUGUCCUUACGAGCAGUUGGAAUAUCCCGCCUCAAAGAACUGGGAAGUCUCAAAUGCCUUCCAAGUGAUCCAGACCCAGGGCCAGCUGCCAGCGUGGGGAUUGAGCUCACACACAAGGUCACCAGCAUGGAAAACUGGGAGAAAAAAAGAGGGAAAGGUCAAUUUGAAAUGUGUUUUUAACCUCCCUUUGGUGGGCACAUUCCACACGGUGCAUCCUGCAGAGCAGUUGGAUGUUUGGGACCAGGAACAGGUCCAUGAGCUGGGAAUGAGCUCCUGGGAGGACCUGCUGUCCCCUCCGGCAUCCAGCGGGGACUGGCUCCAUUGCCAGCUGCUCCCUGGUGGGACCAGUCGGUUCUAAGGGAUGAUUUUCUCUCUCCCAUCUUGGGAGACUCUGGGAAUCUCCACACACCAAUCCCUGCAGUGAAGGAGGGACUGAGCCACCACCUCGAUCCUAUUUCACGCCCGGUUAAUUUGGGAAUUCCUUCUCCAUUGGGGCUCCAUCACCACGACUCCAGUGUCACCCUCAUUGAUGUGUCACUCCCAGGACAGCGAGGAAUCCCUGGAGCUGGAUUUGGGCAGCUCCCAGUGGCCCUGGGGACAUUUCAGGGCAGCUCUGUGCAGGGUUUGACACAUUCGCGGUUGAGAGUCUGCUCCCAGGUGCCCACAAAGGCUGAAAUAUUCAUUUACAGAUUUUCUUGGAAAUCAGGAUAUGGAAAAAAAAUGUGGAGCGGCAGCUCGAGGAAAAGCAGGGAGCUAUUUCCAGGCAGCAGAUCGUGCCAGCCACAGGUACCAAGUAAAGCCCCGGUAACUGAGCCGCGGGAACAUCGCGGAUCAGAGCGGAUGCUGCUGCAGGAGCUGGAUUUCAGGAUUUCAGACGGAUUAUCUGACGUCCUGUCUGCCCCAGCGCUGCCUCGCUGCUCCACCUUGAUCUGCAUCAUCCAUAGUGUGAUGGGACACUCGGCACCUGGAUUGUCUCCAUGUCUCCUGGGGUCGGGAUCCAGCCGCUUCCCUAGGGAGCGCUGCCGCAUCCCUGCACCACGCCACGUCCCACGGGCAAGCCCAGGGCUACUCCCAGCCCCGAUGCACUGAGAUUUUUUCCCAAAAUCCAUGCAGGAUCCAUACCCGUGGAAGAUGCUGUGCCUGAGGAGGCUGCAGGGCCUCUCUGGUGGUGGGAGGAGGCUCCUCUUUCUCAUCUCCCCCGGUACUGCUGGAAGGUUGCUGGGAUCCUAUUAGGAGUGGGAUGGGACAGAUGGGAAGGACGAGACAGAUGGACAGACAGGGCGGUGAGAGGGACACACAGAAUGUGCAGAGGAUCUGCUUAGGGAACAGUGGGAAUGGGAUGUACCCGAAGCCAGCAGCCACCAGGGCUUUUCAGGCUCAGGGUUUGGAGCAGCAGGAGCAGCCUGGGCUCCCCUGUGCCUGCCCUGGAUGUGAGAACAGUGGGAUGAAGUCUCAAGGACUGGAUGCCAUCCCAUUGCCCCAUUGCUCCCAGUCCGUGCUGGAUAUGGGAUGCUCCUCGCUAAUUCCGGUGGCUGUUUUUUCCCAAGCCCAUCUGUUAUUACUCCGAUUGGCUUUCCAAAAAUAAAAAGCAAUGCCUUGGUACUUACCCUGGGGUUAAAUCAUCUCUGUAAUGGCAGCUUGGGAAUCCCAAGUCUCCCAAAUAUUUGAGUCCCUCUUUGUAGCUGUUUGCUUAUUUAAUAUAAACCUCUGUUUUCCAGACAAA